ACAACAUGUGCCCAACUUGCAACGCACGAAAAAGGGCCAAACCCCUCCUGCAAACCACUGGACAGAUCUCACCUAACAACACAGACAAGCGAAUCAGAAAGGGGAAGAAGAAAAAGAAGGGAGAACAUGGAGGCCGCCAUGGGCGAUGGGGUAGAAGAAGAAGGGAGGUCAAACACAAAUCAGAAAGGAGUUGAAGAAGAUGUUGUACCUGACGAGCGGCAAGAAAGAAGAUCGCCAGAGAGGAAUCAGCAACAGGAUCCACAGGACAGGAGCACGAUGAGGGCACUAGCUGAAGACAACCUACUGAGACUAUCACAGGAAGAACUGAUACUCAAUGACACAUUUUCAUUCACUGCCCUCCUUCAAUCUGACAUUAUAUACAAGGUACAUUCAGGAGAUGCAUCAACGAAAAUUAUGGGAACUAUUGAGCAAAACUCCAGGACCAAAGCAGAUGAUAGUUUCACCACAACAAUAGACACCAAGACAUUUGAGGGAGACUUGCAUCACGAAGUGGCAGCAAGUGAAGAUGGUGGAGGAGAAUCUAAUCCAUGGGACACAUGCAUGUUCUACAACAUGAAUCUGCAACAGUUGCAGGAGCCUGAGGAUGUUGACAUAAGAAGAGCAGCAGCUAAAACAAAGUCAAGCACAGGCUGUAGCAAUGAAGAAGGAGAAAUAAAAGAACCAGAACACUCACUUGAACAAGACGGAGAUGAUGGAUUCCUCGAUGAAGAAGACGUUGAGAGAUUCCUACAAAAUGAACAAGAUGCUGCAUCAGAAGGCAAUCUGAUGAACACCAACAGUAAUUUCAAGCCACAUUUAGGCAUGCAAUUCAAAACAAAAGAAGAAGCUCAGGAAUCUAUAAAUUUCUACUCAAAACUAGCAGGCUUUUCAGUGGCUACUGUAGCAAUCUCCAGAACAACAAGCAAAAAGAGGAACAAUGAGGUGACAAGGAUCACUAUGAAGUGCAACAAGUGGGGCAAGACAAAAGAAAUAGAGGCAGAAAGCGUUGUACCCAUGAGAAAAAGUACAGUCAUUGCUAAAACUGAUUGUAAAGUCGUGGUGGUCAUAUCAGAGAAAGGAGGUUUUUGGGAAAUUACAAGACAACAACUCGAACACAACCAUGAGUUAACACCAAACAGUAGAUUCUUCAGGUCACAUAAGUACAUGUCAGAUGAAGAGAAGUGCUUGAUACGGGUUUUGAAGCAUACAAACCUAGAAACAAGAAGGAUUGUUGCUGUCCUAGCUUAUUUGAGAGGAGGAAUGGCUUAUCUACCCUACACAAAGAAGCAUGUGACUAACUAUGCAGCAACAAUAAACAGAGAUAUCACAAACUCUAACAUGAUGGAAGUAGUGCAAAUGUUCAACAAGAAGCAAGCAGAAAAUCCUAGGUUUUGCUACUCGUUUGAGAUUGAUGGAGAGAAUAAAGUGAGAAGCUUAUUCUGGACAGAUGUUAGGUCAAGAAUGAUGUAUGACAUUUGCGGUGAUUGCAUUAGUUUCGACACUACAUUCCUGACAAAUAGAUACAACCUACCGUUUGCACCCUUUGUUGGAAUAUCCCCGCAUGGCAACACAUACUUGUUUGCUUGUGCCUUCAUUAUCAACGAGACGAAAGAAACAUUUGCUUGGUUGUUUGAACAAUUCCUAAUGGCUAUGGGAGGCAAGCAUCCUAUAUCGAUCAUUACAGAUCAGGACAAGGCUAUGCAAGCAGCAAUUGAAAAAGUCUUUCCUAAUGCUAUCCAUAGGAGCUGCCUGUUUCACAUAAAGAAAAAGGCAGAGGAGAAAGUUGGCCCAUGUUUCCAAGCUAACGAAGGCCUAUAUGAAGAUUUCCAGGACAUUGUGGACAACUCUUUGACUGUGGAAGAAUAUGAAACACACUGGCAAGAAAUGAUUGAAAAGUACAAAGUUCAUGACAUAAAGUACUUCAGCGACAUGUGGGAAAAUAGGAAAAAGUUCAUACCAGUGUAUUUCAAGGACAAAUUCUUCCCAUUCAUACAAACUACAGCAAGAAGUGAAGGAACAAAUUCCCUCUUCAAAAAAGGGGUUGGAGCUACAUUCAGUGCUACCAGCUUUUUGAGAGAGUAUGACCGGAUUCUUGAUGUUGUACAUGACAAGGAAGAAUAAUGUGAUCAUGUUUCUAGAAACAAGAAGGUUGCAAGCAAAGCUUUCUGGUUGAAAUACAGCAUAGAAAGGCAAGCACAUGAGCUGUACAACCUUGGAAUAUUCAGAAAAUUCCAGCAUAAAAUGGCAGACACAACAAGGUUGCUUGUCUUUGAGCAAGAAAAAGACAAAUACUACAUAGUUACCCAAGCUGAGAACUACCCUGUAAAAGAACGCCGGAAAAGGUUAUACCUAGUGCAAGUUGGACUGAACGAAGAAGAGUACUCCUGCAUCUGUUGUUCAUUCCAGAAAGAUGGACUGUUGUGCUCACACAUACUAAGAGUAAUGAUCCAUCUCAACAUCGAGAAGAUACCAGAAAAAUACAACAUUGACAGAUGGAGGAAAAAUGACUACAAGCUCGAUAUUACAAAGACACCAGCUAUUGCAGUAGAGAACUCCACACUAAGGUACAAUGUGUUAGCAAGGAAAUUGGUGCAUGUGGCAUCAAUAGCUUCAAAGAAGAAGAGGAAGUAUGAAUAUCUGCUGGGAGAAUUGGACAGGAUACAGAAAAGAUUGCGAGAAAUGGAUGAUGAAGAAGAAACUGGAGAUGAGGGUCAGAGUGUAACCACAAGAACAGUCACUUUUAUACCAACAACAGGGGGUGAAGAGGGGACAACCACGACACUGACAAUACAAGACCCAGAUAUAGCCAAAACAAAGGGUAGGCCAAGGAUGCUAACUAUUCGCGAAGCAAUAAAGCAGAACAAGUUCUACAAAUGCUCGCACUGUGGGUCACAAAAGCACACUAUCAAGAAUUGCAGCAACCUUGACAAGCAAUACAAUCUAUCCAGAAGCAACAGACGAAAGCAGCCGAACCCUAGGAAUGUAAAGAAAGGUGGGGAGAAGGAUGACAGCAAGGAAAGGAACCGAGGAAAGAAGAAGAUGGACGAAUCAGCAACAAACAGAGGCUUAGGGGACAAGAAUCUGAGGAGGACAUAGGAUAAGACAGAAAGGACAAGCAAGGAAGACGACAAGGAAAAGGAAAUAGUUGACUUGUAAUAAGAGAUGGUUAUGAACAAAAAUACUUGGCUUGUACUAAGAGGGCAAGCAUUGUUUGCGACCUACUGCAUUUGAAAAGACUACUUUAUGAGGCAUGUAUUUUGUGCAUCAUU